CAGGACAUCAAGCAUAAGACAACCACCUCCCCCCAAACUGCCACUGCUCACUCAUCUGACUGUGUGAUAGUGGACAGAGUCAGGUCCUGGACAGAUCAGGUCGGACACCAAUAUGGCAGAAGAAGAAGAGCAGCCUGAUGUGACUGAUGUGUUGGGGGAUGUCGCUGAUGUAGUGGACAUAGUAGAAAAUGUUGUGGAUAUAAGCUCUACAGCUGGCGGGUUGCUUUCUAAAGCUCUCCCAAAUCGACAAUGCUCUGUUCAAAUCCAGAAUGAGUGUUCAACUUAUAUCCUGUGCAACCCAAGAGUGCACACUGAUACGGGAAUCUGUAAAGAACCCUUAAAUAUCACCAUCAAACCCUCUUGUUCUGGAAAGGGGCUCUUCACAAAGUCCCCUAGAUCGAUGCGAGGGACAGGGGCAGUGUUCUCAUAUGACCUGUACGACCAGCAGCAGUGUGUGGGGAAGGUGGCCGCUCUCUUCAAGGUGCCCUAUGACCUCAACCUCCACUCCAUUGUGUUUGCCAUAGGCUUUGUUGACAGUAACACAGAGUGUGACAAACACCUGUUUAAGCGCAUGUUCAAAAAUGAAGAGGAAGGGUUUGUGAGAGCUAAAGCUAAAGGCUCCUCUGUCACAUCUGAGAAUGACCUUCUUACUAUUAAAGCCACCAUGUCCAACUCUGGCGAUGCUGUCAUGAAAAUUGAAGUCAGUGCUGAAAGCAGGAAUUUGCACGGACCUGUACGUACCAAGGCCCAGAUUAAUUCCACUUAAAGAUAGAACCUAUAGAGAAGCUGUUUAAAUAAUGAGAAUAAUAAUUUUGGUAUUCUUGAAAACAUGAAUACUGUGUCUGGCCAUAAGUUUU